AUGGCUCCUCUCCGCACUUUCCUCUAUAUGCUGGCAGCUGCCGCACCCAUCUACGCCGAGCACCUCAAGGUCGUCUGGUCGGCUGGUGACUUCUCUACCAUUUCCGGCCCGGCCGGCGGCAGUCAGAGCGGCCAUUACUCCGGGUUCGCGAUCAUCAACGACGCUGGUGAUGCAAUCUACGACCAGAGCUUCCCCGAUGACCACUCACCCUGUUACAACACCGGUGACGGCCGCACUUUCACCAUUGAGGGCGACUGCUGGGCCUCUCCUCGCAAGUUCCACUGCAAGGCUGACUUUGCGGGUCACCCUGACAGCUGUGCUGUGCAGGAUGGUGAUGGCAACGAACUUGGAUCUGGAGACGGGCAGACAGACACCAAUUUCAUCGGUAUUGCUAUCGGACAAGACGCCAGCUGUGUUGUCGAGUUCGAGUCCGACGAUACCGAUACCGCUUGCCCCAAGGACGAUGGCAACGGCCCUCUUCACGUUACUUCCGGUUAA